CACCGCAGCGUACAUGCAGAGCAGGCAGUUUCUGAGGAGUUGGGCUGCUUUUGCUUUGACUGAAGAGGCAUGAAAAUGACUUGUGGACUUGGUUUUGGGAUCUUGCUGAUUUGCUUCGUUCAAGCAGAACUUGCGGGGUGUUAUUGGAUUCAGGAAGCACAUAGACCCCAGAACAGCAACACAAACUCUGGCUUUCCUCCACCAGAUGGCAUACUGAGAAAAUCCACCAACAAUUUCCCCAACCUACCCAAACCAGACUUCUUCCCUCCUCCCUCAGUCCAGGUCCAGACCAAUAGUUACAACACUAAGCCUGCAGUGAAAAGUGAUUACGAUAGGAAGCCCUCCACCGGAGGCCCAACGCAGACCCACUCUCAACCGGUUCAAAGGUCAAGGAGGCUGGUGAAGAACAUUGUUCGGUCAAAACCCAAGAGCCAGAGCACUUUGGGUUCUCAGCAGAGUCCAAGGGUAAGCCAAAGGGAAGGCUACUCCUCCAGGCCAGCUUCCUACAGGGACCCUUCCUUUCAUGGGCAAAAGGUCUCAUCUGCCACCUUGUUCAGUCCGGUUGGUCCUGGUCCACGUAGUUCUAUUCGGAUGCAGACAUUUGCUCGGGGCCGUGCAAGAAAAGUCCCAUCAGGCCUUGCAUCUCAGGGUGCCAACAUCAAGAGUGUCUUGCCUCACGCUGCAGCUGGGAGGUCUUAUCCCAGCCCACAGUUCGCUCUAAAGACUGGAGGCUACAGGCCAAGGAGUCGCCUCAGUGGCCUGGCUGGUCCCACAAGUGGCAGAGAGGGAGAGUCUGCUCUGGGGUUUGCUCCAGUGAUGGUGUAUAACCUUCCAGAAGCCUUCGGCGGCUCAGCCAUCAGACGGCUGAAGAGACCUAUGGAGCAGGAGACGGUACCUGACCAGAAGCCAGAGUUUCUGGACAGGUACACACCUCCACAGAGGGUACCACUUUACAAACCUGAACGAACAAACAGGCAUUCAGGAUAUGACUGGAGCAGGAUGAAGCAGAACAAAGAGCCAGUCUGGUCCCCAUAUUGGAUCACCACACCAUGACCUCAGAGGGCAACGGCAUCCAAUCCUGACCUCCCCAGUGUUCAUUCAGCCUCCAUUCAGGUCAAGCUCCCCUAUAGACCCGAAAUCUAGUGUCUUUAAUUUCAAAAAUACUGUACUGAAAUAAAACAACAGUUUUUUUUAA